UUGUAGUUAAAUGCUUUCUAAAAUGAAAUUUGUCUCAAUAUUAGAAAAUCAUGCAAUUGUAUUAAGGAGGUGAGAACUUAUGCUGACCUUCGCGUGUUACAUAAUAAUAUUUGAAGGGUUAUAAAGCUUGAAGAUAACUUAAUAGAAUUACCUGGCCAGGAUUUCAUUGCGUUUGAAAGCAAGGGACUAAAUGUUGUGUUGGACGAGGGGAAUUUUUGUGAAAUAUUCGGACCGUAAAUAGGUUUGCAUCAGUAGGCAGAAAGCCAAUAUUUGUCCUUUUUUAAUAUUUGUUGAAUAUAUUUUGUACUUAACUUUAUAUUUGGGAGAUUGUCAUAAAUUGUGAAUAAGUCACAUCCUGAUUGCUAUCGUGUCUUUUAUGUUACAGAUGUGAGAAGUUUUGCCGAAAAGUUCCGCGAGAGACAAUGUCAGCCAACCCAAAUCCAAUGAGUCGUCCCUGCAGUGCGGCCUACCUGUAUAUCUACCAUGAUGCACUUGUUGUAUGACAUCUGUCAGAUGUCUAUCUGUUAGCACUUUUAAAAGUUCAUCGAUACAAAGUUACCGGCACUUCAAAUUGAAGUUCAAUUCUCGAUUGUUGAGUCCUAUCGAUUUUUAGUCUUUACCCAAUAUAAAACACAGUCCGUUUGCCAUACAUUUAGGCAUACAGCGGACACCAAUCACUUGUCAAAGCACCUUUCGUAGUCACUGGCACCUAUCAUACCUUCAUAUAGGCCUACAUCGAACACGAAACACCUGUCAGAGCACAUUUCUUAGUCGCUGGCACCUUUCAUACCUUCAUAUAGGCCUACAUCGAACACGAAACACCUGUCAGAGCACAUUUCUUAGUCGCUGGCACCUUUCAUACCUCCAUAUAGACUUACACCAGACACCAAGCACCUGUCAGAGCACAUUUCCUAGUUGAUGGCACCUAUCAUACCUCCAUAUAGGCCUACACCGGACACCAAGCACCUGUCAGAGCACAUUUCUUAGUCGCUGGCACCUAUCAUACCUCCAUAUAGGCUUACACCGGACACAAAGCACCCGUCAGAGCACCUGUCUUAGUCGCUGGCACCUAUCAUACCUCCAUAUAGGUCUACACCGGACACCAAGCACUUGUCAGAGCACCUUUCUUAGAAGCUGGCACCUAUCAUACCUCCAUAUAGGCUUACAGCGGAAACAAAGCACCCUUCAGAACACCUUUCAUGGCGUAGCACGUUUUUAAUCCAACAUAAUUUCUUGCUGCACCCGAUGUCAAACACACUGAAGCACUGUAUCUGCUAGAGAACUUCCUUCAUAGUGGAUAUCUGGUCGUCCAUCGCGCUGCAGCACAACUUUUACGACACCGCUACCUGUCCCUACCAAAGACAAUCAUCAUGAAGAAAUCCAUCCUUUUCGUUUCAGGAACACUCUGGGCUUUCUCUGUAUUCGUUGGAAAAUCAUGUCCCUCUGCGAUCUACCCGUUAAAUUCUGAUGAUUCAAAUGAUGGCGCCAUUUUGGAAAAGAAUAGUAACAAAUUAGAUUUACCACGUGAUAUGUCGCAGCCAAUCAUUGCCCGUUUCGCCAGGGAUGUAACAGGUGAAGACCCCAAAGUUCCAAUUCAUCUUCUCAUCAUCAUCAUUCCUGUUGUCAUGGGGAUUGUUGUUAUUAUCAUAAUCGUGUUGGUUGUUUGCUACAUGUGCCGGAGAUCUGAAAGGGGCACUUGCAUCUCGAACGAAUGGUUGAUCUGGUGCGGUCUUACGAAACGCAGUAACGAUUCUUCAGUGCGCGACCCAGGUGACCACAGGUCAGCCAUUGCUUCUGAUGCUCCUUCUGAUAGGAGAGGAGUCAGGUAUGAACCUCGACAGAAUGCAAUGUCUCCCACCCAUGAUGAAUCGGACGACAGAUUACUAACAGAUACACCACAGCGGGUCGAGAGGGAGGAUCAUACCGGAGCAUGCCCAUCGGAGUGGUCUCCAAACACUAUUCCAGGCACCCCUAACACCGGUAAGUCGUCACUACAAACUGAUGACGAAUGGUCACCACAUUCAAGGAACACGGAUACGGUGCAUCAGAGCGGAACCCCCAAGUUCACGUUUCAAGGGAAUGAAAAGACUGAUGAUGGAAGAGACAAUGGCAAAGCCGAUAGGAGUGGUUCAGAGGACGAUGUAUUUAAACCAGGAAUAGAUGGUGUUAGUGAUACAGGCUCUAAAGAUAUAGGUCCUGGAAGGAAACGAAAAGGUGCAUGUGCUUCAGGAGCGGGUGCCGAUGAGGAUACGGUCACCCGGGACAACCAAUCUCCAAUUUUGGUUAACAAUUUGCCCCAUGGUAGUGACUCCAUGGACAGUCAUCAUGUGGAGGAAGAUGAGCCUGAAAUGGAACGUCUUCUUCCAAAUGAACAAAACUAUACGCGAUCCAAAGUGUCUCACGGACACCUUUCCAAUCAAGAAUGGCAAAGAAAGUUCCCAAGUAGUGCCCCUCCAGGAGAUACUCACCGAGACAUUAGGGGGAAAAAUGUAUUCCUAAUUGUUAGUGGAAAUGCCCAGGUUGGUUUUUAUAAUCAUGUCGAAGAUGUCCAAGUAGGGAACAGAGAGAUACAUGUAAAUAACAACUAUUUGCCCCAAGACGUUACCAACUCAAGACACGAUACCGGCGCAUUCAAUCGUUCUUCCAGUGAACGUCAAACUCGUUAGGUGAUGGACAUCGCGUAAAAUUAAAAAAUAAAAUAGCCGCAGUUUUAUCUGAAUGAGGCACUUCUCGUCACCCUUUUUCUCCUUCUGUCUCCAUCCAUCGUAACCUAACCAACAACGAAAAUGUCAGAAAUUAUCAAUAACAAAUGCUAAAUUUCUAUGAUAAAUUUUCUCUCAGCCAAUCAAAUGCCACGAUUUCAGUAGCUUAUAACAGAUAAAGAGACUUGUUAUUGAUAAUAAGUUUUAUACAACACCUACUAAGAUUCUUGCAACCUCAUUGGGCAAGUCUUUAUCACAUGGCAUGCGAUAAAAAAUAAUGUUGAACAACAUCAUUCUCCAGGCGUGCGAUUCCGUUUGAUCAAUUUGCACCAUUGCACGCUGACGUCACUAACGGUGUACAAAGUAUAUUGUGAGGUAAGUGAAAUUACCGUAACAUCAAUGGAACAAAAUGGAUCAAACGAAAUUGCACUCUGACGUCACAAUAAACAUAAAGCAUGAUACGCGCGGCGCAGUUAUGCCUAUGGUUAAUAUUAUGAACACUAUCGGUAAUUUCAUAGAUCGCUGAGAUUUGGACUAGGCCCUAGGAAAGUGUUCUUUAAACAAAAAUUGUUUUAAGCCCGUUAACGUCCGAGGUGUUGUAUAAAACAAAUAGUGAAUAGAUUUUUUCAUUCGGUGAAAGAUAAGACGGUCUAUUUUUUUUACCUCGUGCAAACUCUUGUGCCAUUUUACUCAUGGUCAUUCACUAUUUGUAUAUUAUGAAACAGGGCGAUUGUAAUAUAGCAAUGGCAUCAAUUUUUUUCUUCUUGUACUCAAAAUGCUCAUUGCCUAUGUUGAAAGGGCUCCAGUACUUGAUCAUUUAAACUAGUUUUACUGUACUGGGAUUCAUUAAAUAUUAUUAGAAUAACUCUAAUAAUUUGUUUGCUGUGUAAUUUCAUUUUAUCAUUACAAUCUAAAGACCCCCAAUAAUAAGCUCGUCUGUCUCUAUUCUUGAAGAGAUGAUAACUAAACCCGAAGUAUUUCAUUCGAUUUAAAUAGCAGUUCAAAAUCAUCAUUCCUAUAAGUGAAAACAUGUAGUAUAUAGUAAAUUGUAUAUAACGAAGGAGAAAAAUAACUGUAAAUUUCAGACUUUGAUCUUUUGGGUACAUUAUUUUAAUUAUUGUGUUUUAAUAUUUUGCCACGUGUUCAUACUUGAUUGAUCUAUCAAGGUACGUCGAUUUACAGAUCGUCAUUUUCUAGUUUAAACGAUUUUCACUCCAACGGUACUGAAUAGACAUAAUUGCUGAUUUUACAUGACCUGACUAGUACAUGUAGCUAUAUUUGGACGCUAUAUUGAUCAGAUGUAAAUGAUAUUGUUUUAUUUGGAAUAUAAUUAGAAGGCGUUAUAUACAGUUUAACUUUUACUACCAUCGUUUAUGCUUUAUUAUGCUUUAUAUAGUUGAUAUUUGAUAGUUGAUAGUGGUGAUUAUUUUACCAGACAGCUUUAGAAAGCAAUAAAUGCUUGUUAGUAAGCAACCAGAAGACCGACGGCUUUAGGCCCUCUCCGAAGGACCUGGUAAUGUGGACUAAUGCCUUACCAAAGGGCACACGCUCAACGCCUUGGUUUCGAACCCGGGUCGCCGGAUUACGAGACCACUGCUCUACCGACUGAGCUAUCGUGUCUCCUCUAAUUGGUCAGAAUGUGUUUUUGAAAUCAAAUUCUUUUUAUUCCGGAGUCUAUGUUGUUUGCGGCUUUCAUAUCUACACUAUGCUGCUGUUAAAGUCAUAAAUGUGUAAUGUAUAUGCAUUUUGAAUAUUUGUAUAUAUUUCAUAUUGUAAUAGUUUUAUGGUUAAAGUAGAUAUUUACACUUAAAAAAAAGCUGUUUUGCAUGUAUUGACAUGUUCAUGUUAACGCUAUUGUCUAAUUGGGACAGACACUUCGGGCUUAUGUAAGCACUUUUAAUUUGCGCUAGCAUAUCUGUGCGUUAUGGAACCAACUCAUUGUGCCUUUCAUUCUUCUGGUCUAAAUUACUCUGUUUUAGACAUGGAUUACUCUUGAAAAUUGUCUUUCAUUUCUGAUAAACAAUUCUUUAAUCAUUCCAAUAAAUUUUAGUUUCCAAAG